AUGGGAAGAUAUAUCUGCAGUCCUAGAAUGGAUGCUUUAAAUAGUCUUUGGAAUGGCAGAGAAUCUAAUCCUAAUGGUGUUUUAAAUCGUUUUUACAACUUUUGCAAUAAAAAUGGUGAUCAAGCCCAAGGAUCAAAGGAUAGUGAAACUAUAUCUAUUUUUAAAGAUGCUAUCUAUCUGAAUGUCACAUAUGGCAAAGGUUCAGCAGCUCUAGAAUCAGAUAAGGUAACUGGCUCAUUGGCAAUUAGGAUUUUUUACAGUUACUUUAUACAUGGAAAUGAGGAAGUAGAUUACCCCGUUUUUCGAGCUAGAAUUAGUGAGGAAAAUGUAAAAUCUUUAAAGUUAUCCCAUGUUUUACAAGCCAUCUAUAAAGACAAGGUUAAGGAAAAUAAUCGAAAUUUAGCAAUAGUCAUUGGUAUAGAUGAUGUAAAUAAAUUAAACGAUACAUCCAAUGAUGCUUUUCGUUUUCUUGUCAAUAUUAUUGGCUCACUUAGUUGUCGAUUAGGAAAUGUGUUUUUUGUCCCAAUUUUAGCUGGGACAGUUGAAGCAUGUGACAUUGGAUUUGAUGAAAAAUAUGUUUAUGGUAACAAUCUUUUCAGACGUAUUGUUGUUGAUAUAGUCGGACAGGUGCGUGCUUUGGAGUUGUUCUAUGAAAUGAUUUCAAAAGAAAUUUCAAAAAGGGAACUGGAAGAAGUUGAUUUGACACAUAUUAUGCAUUUAGUUGGAAAUGAGCUUCAGGAAAGAUAG